UGGCAAUAUAAGCAGUCAGCACACGCGGUACUAGCGGCACGCAGGAGGAUCGCACUCGCAAUCAGUCGGUGAACGUCGUGUGUGUUGGUUGUAUCCGGUGUUCCUCGCCUUGACUUUUGGUCGAUCGUUUUUCCUCUCAAUCCGGUUCGAAAACCAGAUUUCAACAUAUAUCCAGAUGCCGUCGCUGAGAACUUUUCGCAUCGAGUUCGAUCGGUCGGGUGCAACUUAUACACCCGGCGAACUCGUUACCGGCAAUGUCAUCGUCGAUCUAGCCAGAGUAAAGACUGUCAGAGCGGUAAAAUUGUCAAUUAAGGGAGAAGCUAAUGUUAGCUGGGAGAGAAGAAGGACUACGAAGGAUUCUCAAGGACGCAGUCACACCCACGUUGACCAUUUUCAAGCGAGCGAGCAAUAUUUUAAUCUGACUUAUUACUUGUUGGGAAAUACAGGCAAUGGGGAAGUGGUGAUGCCAGCGGGAUUUCAUAAAUAUCCUUUCAAUUUUUCAUUGCCCCACAAUAUACCAUGCAGCUUCGAACAUACGCAUGGUCACAUCAGAUAUACGACGAAAGCUGUUAUUGAUAGACCAUGGAGAUUUGAUCACGAGAGCAAAAUUGCAUUCACCGUGGUCUCGUCUUACGAUUUGAAUGCUCACAGUCAACAAUGUCUCGGCAUAGACGAUGAAACCGCUGAAAGCUUUUGUUGCUUUUGCUGUUUCGACAUGGGUGCGAUAAAGGCGAAUUUCAGAAUACCGAUGACAGGAUUCGUUCCAGGACAAUCAAUAGAGACAAUAAUUAACUUUGAUAAUACCAGCAGGGUCGACGUGACAAAGAUCUGCGUUAAAUUAGAACGGUCUCUAGAAUUCCACGCGAAGGCACCGUAUAAUACAACCAAGACGGAUAAGUCAGUCGUGAAAGCCACACAAAGUGCAGGACCGUUUGAUCGACAUGCCGAGGUUGUGUCACGAUUACAAGUUCCGCCAAUACCGCCAUCCCAACUGGAAUAUUGCAGUAUAAUAGAUCAGAAGUACACCUUACGUAUUACAGUUCACGUUUCAGGAAUGCAUUGCAGUAUCACGAAAAGUUAUCCGAUCUUGAUCGGAACGAUUCCGCUACAUUCAAUAAUUACAUCCGCGCCUCAGACGCAGACUAUACCGCAACCUUCAGCUCCUAUGCAAUACGAUUAUGACCCACCACCGCCAAUGCCGACGUCUCCAGAUUAUAGACCACCAAAUGUACCACCUUAUCCGUCGAUAGGUUUUACCUCUGCGAAUCAACCCAGUACCUCGGCAAAUCAGUGGGAUAUACCACCUCCAUCCUAUGAAGAAUGUAUGCAAAGAGCGGAUAGCAUCAAAGAUCAAGACGAAUCUAAUUACGUGCACGGGGCCAAUGAACCUUUCGCGCCAAGAUAUCCGGUCUUCAAUUUUCCAACGCCAUAGCCAUCUGGAAAAUGAGCGAAGAUAAAAUACCCACUUGAAAGUACGGAACAGUUUUUAUACUAUUGGACUAACCAUAAGUCACUUCUACUUGACACGCUUACUGAAUUAUAAUGAAGAAGCAAGCAUGUUUGAAAAACUAGAACAGAUGCAAGAUCGUUUCUACCUCAGAAAGUACUUGAAUAUAAUUUAGCUUUUUUAAGUAUAGUGUAAAAUAUAAUAAUUUACAUUUUUAUACGUUAUAUCAUA